UAAAAAGCUUUUUUCAUUAAUAAUAUUUUUUGUAAAAAAAGGUUUUACCAAAAGCUUUUUUACCAAAAAAAAAGUGCAGAAACUUACUUACUCGAAUUUCUGCAAAUGGCCAUUGUCAAAUAAAAGUUUACACAGGCAAUUUAAUGCAGCAAUGUCUCAACCGUCACUAAAGUCCUUAAUGUACUUUCACAAAAUGAUUUGCCCCAGCCGAGGUUAUCAACCUUAAACGAAAAGGAAGAACAAUACAUAAACUCAUCCUUUGCAGCACAAGGAACAUACAAAUCUAACAUUACAUUAAAGCAAACCCAUAACACCAUUACAGACCAAACCAGACUAGACCGAAGGAGUCAUCCAACAAUAAUACAAUUCUAUGUCUAUACUUUAAUAAUAAUCAGCAAAAAAAAAAACAAUAACAACAAGAGCAGUAAAGUCCUAUGUCUGUGUUCUUAUGGUGUUGAAAACUUGAAACAGAAACACACAAACACACGCACACCGUUACACUCAUGGACAUGGACUUGCAAACACCACCAACCAUCAUCCAUGAUAAGGUUCGUCUGUCAUCGUUGCCUUAACAACGAUUAUACACGAUGUUAUUGUUUUGUUCUGUGUUGCAGGAAGGCAGACAGGCGGAUAGAUUCCUUCGUCUGCAUAAACGGCAGCAUAAACGUUAAAAGUUCUAACGAGAAUAUUUUAGUCCUAUCCCGGGCUGCUGACGUGUAGGGCAGGUCAUGUCUAAUACGAAUAAUAAUAACAGAAACAGUAAAUAAAGACUGAUUUUUUCUAUGAAUUUUCAAAAUAGUUUUAAGACAAAGAAACAACCAAACUUUCAUAAUAAAUGUAAAACAACAACAACUAAAAAAGGAGUUGCAACUUAGAAAGAACACUUCAAUAAAACAAAAAAUAGUUUUCAAAAGAUAAAAUUAAUUAAUAUUUAAAAAGAAAAAACGUGUUAUAUUUUUCGAUAGAAAGAAUUCUAAGUGCUGCCACCGCAAUGUGUUCAGGAUUCAGUAAAUUGUUACGCCGGUAUCCCUUAUAUUUUCGCGAUAUGUUUGCAUUUGUUAAUAUAUUUAAAUCGCGUUUAAAAUAAACUUAAAAUGUGACAACAAAUUUGCAACCAAAAAAAAAAAACAAAUCUAAUAAAACAAUCAAUAUUGUAAAAAAUAAAAAAAUAAAUUCUUUUCUUUAACUAAAACUAAGUGAGAAACAAAGACUGAUUAAUUUAAGAAUUAAGUUAAAUAGAAUACUUAAAUAAACUCUAAAUAAGGAUUAGUUUAUAACGCAAAAAAAGAUUAAAAAUCAACAACAUAGCAUCAGUAACUCAAAAUAAAACCAAACCAACAUCAUACAAAAAUCAUUUAGAUUUAACAUUUCGUUAAAGACUAGGCGAGAAAAACGGAAGGAAAUUUUCAAAUAGGAAAAUUCAAACAAGGACCAAAUUUUUUAAUGUAUUAAAAAAAAGGAAAAACAAAAUGAAUGUAGCCACACAAUCUCAAACAAAAAUAGAAACACAACAACAACAUCAACAACAGCAACAACAAUUAGACGUCAACAUGCAAGUGUCCAGCAUUAAUAGCAGUAGUUUAGCGUCAAAACAGAAAUCACAUCAAUCGAGUGAUAUGAAUCCGCCAACAUCAGCACGUAGUCCCUCGCCAGAUGGCAGUCGAGACUAUGAUGUAACCCGCAUGAGAGAGGAAGACUUUGAACGCCUGGCCGUUUACAUAGUACCCGAUGUACAGUGUGAGCGUGGCGUUAGCAAUAGAGCCGAUAAAACACUGCCACGCAGUUUGACACUUAAACCAUCGAUGGUUUUUUCAUCACCAAAUGUUAAGACUGAAGGAGUUUGGAGUACUGGUGUUAUACCACGUGGUACCCGUUUUGGUCCCUUUGAAGGUGUUCCAACUCCUCACUAUCCCAACGAUUCAAAUACGGCGCGUUACUUUUGGCGGGUGCAGGGAACACGCCAUAUAACAUACGGAAAUAUAAAGAUAUUCAAAGAUGAUGAUUAUUAUUAUUUGGAUGGCUCCGAUCGUUCACAGUCGAAUUGGAUGCGUUAUGUGGCUUCGGCCUAUAGUCUGGACACCAUGAACUUGGUAGCUUGUCAGCAUCAGGAGAACAUCUACUUUUAUACCACACGCGAUAUCAUGCCUAAUGAAGAAUUAAUGGUGUGGUAUUGUAAGGAUUUCGCCAAACGUUUGGGUUAUGAUGUGGACCCGGAACGUACUUUAUUUGGAGCCUGCAAAGAGGUGGCCGAUGACGAUGAAGAAGGCGAGGUGGAGGCAGAGGAGGAACAUGAACCCGAAACAGAAGAGGAAUAUGUGUGUGUCAAGAAGAGAGCCUGUUCACCUUAUGAUAUGCCCGCCCCUGAAAUUCCGCCAGAAGUUGCCUACAAUCAUAUUACCUAUGUAAUGGGCCUUCAUUUACCACCUCCCCUGUCUUCAGGCGCACGCAAUGAUAGGCGUUCUCCCACUCCUAGUCCCUCCCCACCUAAUCAAACACAAAAUACACACCCGCAUAUCCAACACAGCCAUCAGUCUGGUCAUCAGUCAAGAACUCUGAUCAGACAUUCAACGCUGCAUCAGCCUCAUCAAAGUGUUUUACAUCUGAAACAAGAACCUACCUCGGUCAUUGUACAGGAUCAUCAUCACCUAGCAAUGGAACAAGAGUGCGUUAAUCAAAAGGACCACAAAGAUGUAGGAAGUUCUCCCAUAUCGCACAAAGAAGCCCAAUACGAACACCAGUUGACGCCAAAUGAUGGUAGCGUACGUUCGGUACGUUCUGAUGAGGGCUAUCACAGCAACGAGUAUCAUGAAGAUCGUCUAACGCCUUCGGGAGGUGACGAUAGUGAUACCGAAAGUGAACACAAUUAUGUUUUAGAUUGUUCGAAAAAAGCCAUUGCUCCCAAAGAAACCGUUAUUGCCCAUUCCCAAAAACCCUGCAGCACAGUUACAUCAGUGGCCUCGGCGAAUGUAACGGCCGCAGUAACAGCAGGUGAAUGCUGCAAAAACGAAUAUAGAAAGUUCAAAGUAAAAAUGCCUCUAAAAUAUGAAUUUAAGAAUAGUACCAAGACUGAAGCAAACAAUGCCACCACCACCAUUACUAACACCAAUAUCUCCUCUAUCAAACAGGAUGAUUUACACAUUACGGCCAGCUCAAGUGAGGAUGAGAAUCGUACAGAUUGCACUUCCUCUACACAAAUCGAUGAAAUGAUGGAUGUAGAUUGUCGUUCGUCGAGAAGUGUUAAUGAUGAAACCACUGCCACCACCACACAACCAGCCUCAAGUACAGUUAUUGUAUUGGAAAGCAGCCAAAAGCGCACAAUAGUGCCAUUAACUAAACCCUACUAUGAAGCCGAAUCCAGCUCUCCUCCACCUGCAGGUCAAGGCUACAUACGUUAUACACCUCCCUCUAGCAUUUUGGAAACAAUCCUGACUGGUCAACAUCAACAUCGUUUGGAAACGGCAGCUGCCGCUGCUGCUGUGGUUGUAGCAUGCCGUCAAGCUAACUCAGCUACUCCUCCCCCUUCGUCACCCACAGAAAUGGCUUAUUCUUACAAGAAGUCACAUCGUUAUGGCAAUGCUGUUAGCCCCGAUUCUAGUUCCAACAUGGUGGCAGAGCAUAGUGCACACGACAACGAAGCUGAAUUACACUUAAAUUCUACCACAUGUAAGAAAGAUCUCUGCUCUCCACCACCACCAUCUCUACAACAACAUCAUGUUUUAUUUUCACCAAAUGGUGUGCAUGGCGCCUAUGUCAAUGAUGGUCAACAUACACCGCCUUACUCCACCUACUCCUCUUAUUCCAACAGCAGUUUAAAUGGACAAUCAGUGAGCGUUUUACAUGCACCCACCUCCACUUUCCACUCACCACCCCACAGUGCUCAAUCCCCCUUUGACAGACAAUCGCAUUCCUCCAGUGGUUCCAAUCAAAACUUGCAUCUACUGCAAGGCAGUACACAAAUGCUUAAUCAUCCCCUAAUGCAGCCUCUUACACCCCUACAGAGACUAUCGCCUUUGCGCAUUUCACCACCUAGCAGCCUUAGUCCCGAUGGUAACUCUUGUCCACGCAGUGGCAGUCCUUUGAGUCCCAACUCCUUGGCUUCCCGUGGCUACCGCUCCUUACCCUAUCCGCUCAAAAAGAAAGAUGGUAAAAUGCAUUAUGAAUGCAAUGUUUGUUGUAAAACUUUCGGCCAAUUAAGCAAUUUAAAGGUACAUCUACGCACUCAUUCCGGUGAAAGACCUUUCAAAUGCAAUGUCUGCACCAAGAGUUUCACCCAAUUGGCCCACUUACAGAAACAUCAUCUGGUGCAUACGGGCGAAAAACCUCACCAGUGCGAUAUUUGCAAGAAACGUUUCUCAUCCACAUCGAAUUUGAAGACUCAUUUACGCUUACACAGCGGUCAAAAGCCAUAUGCUUGCGAUUUAUGUCCGCAAAAGUUUACACAAUUUGUGCAUUUGAAAUUGCACAAACGUUUGCAUACCAAUGAUCGGCCGUACGUGUGUCAAGGUUGUGAUAAGAAAUAUAUAAGUGCUUCAGGUUUACGUACCCAUUGGAAGACCACCAGUUGCAAGCCAAAUAAUUUAGAAGAAGAAUUAGCCAUGGCGGCAGCAGCAACUUCGGAAUGUUUAGACAAAGACCACCCUGAACCAGACUCCAGAGAAGCAUUCGAACAAAUACAACAGCAUAUACAUCCACAUUUGCGACAUGCCGAACAUUUGAACACAGGCCGCGGCAUAGGUCAUUCGUCACAACAAACGCAUAGUCACAUGCAACAGCAACACGUUCCUAUGCUGCACCAACAUUUGCCACCUCCCUCCUCGGCUGCUGCUGCCAACAUGCUGCUCACAACUGCCAACCAAAUCCAUCAACAUCAGCAUCAACACCAGCACCAACAACAUCCCCAUCAGCAGCAGCAACAACAACUUCUUCAUACACACCAGCAACAUUUACUACAACAUCAAACACUCAAAGUUAAACCCCAGCUGCACAUGAUGCCAAACAAUAACCAUGACUCUGGCCCCGCAGGACCCAAUAAUAUGUCCCAUGCCCAUGUAGCAGCAGCAGCGGCGGCACAUGCAGCAGCAGCCGCUGCAGCUGCUGCCCAUGCUGCCUCACAACAUCCCUUGGGUCCACCACAAGAUUCACGACCCUCUGUCAUAGAAUCAAAUCAACCCAUGAUCAUUGAAUGUACGUAAAUUGUAAAACAACAAACAGCAAUUGAAAGCUCAAUAGAUCAACCUCUAUCUCUCUUUCUCUCUGAGUGCUUGUAAGUGUUGUAAACUAUGCCAACAAGCAGUGAGCAAAGAAAGCUUCUUUCUUACUUUGCUCAGGCUUGUCUCAACCACAGCUUUAGGAAAAGCUUUUGUUUUUCCAGUGGAUCCACAACAACCAUAAAAAUGAGUGCAAUAAUUAAACAAAAAACAUUGUCGGUAUUAUUAAAUGAAACAAAAAGUAAUUUAAGCUUAAAUAUACUUAUUUUGUAAAAAAUUACUAAACAACAACAAAUUUUGAAUUUAUAAAGGAAUUUGUAACAAAAUUAUAUCUGAACAAAAAAGAAAAAAACGAUCUCAACAAUUGGCAGCCAAUUAUAUUAAAACAUAAUUUUUGAAAAAGCUCUGUUAUGCUGAAGGUAGUUUGAAAACUUUUGGUUUAAUUAAUUAUUAAGGAAAUCAAAAAGUUUGAAAAACAGCUUUUAAGUUUAAGAGUUAUAAAUUAAUUUCUUUUUCUUGGGAAAAAACUAAUGUUUAUCUUAUAUUCUUGCAGAUAUUUAGUAUGUUAAGGUAAUUUCAUUUAGAAAAAAACAAUUAUAGUUAAUCAUUUUAAAACAACAAAAAAUUAAGGAAAAAUGUUUAAACAUUACUCUCCGACAGCGUCAUUAAAAGUGCAUUUAAUAAAAAUAGUAGUUUGUAAUUAAACAAAAAUAAAAGAAAAAUUUUGUAAAAAUCGUUAUAGAAAAACAAAUUAGAUGGAAAUUACAUAAAAGUUGCCUUAUUUCAUUAGAUUUUUAUAAAAUUUUUUAGUAAAUUUUUUUUUUUAUUUCCAAACACAGAUUAAUAGAAAAGUAUUUUUUUGUAUAAAAAAAAUGUAAAAAAUUAAUAAAAUUCUAUAUGGAUAGACACAUGUUUAGAGAUAAUAGAUUUUUGUUUAAAAUUAAAACUUUUUUUAAAUGUAAAUAUUUUUACCAAAUGCCGCUAAGUGUGGUUUUCUUUAAAAUUUUCAAACUAUAA